UUAUCUGCCUUAUUUAAAAUUUUCCAUUUUUAGCUCGACUAUUCGAUAAGAAUAAGUAGAGCUAUUGCAGUCACCCGAGCGUCGGCGUCGGCGUAACCACUUAUGUUAAAGUUUUUGUAAUAGUUCAAAUAUUUUCAAAGUCCAUUGACAUAUGGCUUUGAAACUUUGCACACUUGUUCACCAUCAUGACCCCAAUCUGUAGACAGGAGGAGGUAACUCUAUAAAGCAUUUUGACAGAAUUAUGCCCCUUUUUCGACUUAGAAUUUACGUUAAAGUUUUUGUAAUAGUUCAAAUAUUUUCAAAGUCCAUUGACAUAUGGCUUUGAAACUUUGCACACUUGUUCACCAUGAUGACCCCAACCUGUAGACAGGAGGAGGUAACUCUAUCAAGCAUUUUGACAGAAUUAUGCCCCUUUUUCGACUUAGAAUUUACGUUAAAGUUUUUGUAAUAGUUCAAAUAUUUUCAAAGUCCAUUGACAUAUGGCUUUGAAACUUUGCACACUUGUUCACCAUCAUGACCCCAAUCUGUAGACAGGAGGAGGUAACUCUAUCAAGCAUUUUGACAGAAUUAUGCCCCUUUUUAUGCCCCCACAAUGUGGGAGCAUAUAGCGUUGCACUUGUCCGUCUGUCCGUCCGUCCGUCCGUCCGCUCUUACAAUUCCUGUUUAUGUGUCUACAUGCUAGUACAGGACAGCUUUAUGUGACUUUCUGGAUUUAUGUGCCUAGCCACAUAACCCCAAUUUGUAAUAGGUAUAAAAUGGUUCUAUGUGUCUUUAGAAAUGGUAUAAGAAAAAAGACACAUUAUUUGACGGAAAAAAAUGUCCGUCUAACCGGACAUCCGUACUGUCCUUUUUCAGUGUUGUCUCCCUUUAAUCGCUAUUCGUCACGGUAUAUUUGCUUCUAGAUGGUUCCGUGUAAUAUUGUAAGCGGAACAAAAAUAGUAAUUACAAGUGGGGAACCAAUAUACGAGCACCUGCCAGAUAAUCGCGCAUGCGCUGAAAGUUCAUCUGACCAUGUGCGCAAGUACUAUGGAUAUCCAUUUGUUCUGGUGUAGAUUACCUGGGUUACCUAGAAAAAUGAAAUGGCCAGUAAAAGUGAAAGAAUGGCAUGAUGACAAAGCACUUGUCUACUGUAGGUCUGAUGAUGCAUUCUUUAGUAUUACGAGGGAUCAUAUGGUAUCUUUUCCUGGGCCAUUUGAAACAUUACAAAACAUAGGCAUUGACUCUUUAAAGAAGAAAAAAACAACUCUAAAAGCUUUUAAAGAGGACAUAGACUGGGCCUUGGCUGAAGUCUUGAAUGCAAACCAACAGAGUGAGGAGAGCUGUUCAGAUGAUACAAAUGACACCAAUGUUGAUGACAUAGAAAUGCAAGGCAGCAGAACUAUUGGAUGCGAUGAUGGUGGCCAGGAACUUCAAGAUAACAAGUCUGUUGACGACAAUAAUUGUGACAGUGAACAAAAAGAUAAUUCUGACGAUGGUUGUACAAACACAUUUGUGGUGGAGAGUUGUUCAGGUGAUUAUGACAUAAAUGAUUGUCACAUGGAAAUUCAAAGCAACAACUUUAGUGGUAACAUACAACAUCAAGGUUACAAAUCUGUUGAAAAUGAUAACUGUGAAAUCAAACAGAAUGAGGAGAGCUGUUCAGAUGAUUCAAAUGAUGGCAAUGAUGAUGACAUAGAAAUACAAGACAACACGUUUGUUGACGGUAAUGAUGGUGACAUAGAAAUUCAGGACAACAAAUCUGUCAAUGACAAUGAUGGUGACCUUAAAAUUCACAACAAAUUUAUCAACGGCAAUGAUGGUGACAUAGAAAUUCUAAACAACAAAUUUGUCAAUGACAAUGAUGGUGACCUUAAAAUUCACAACAAAUUUAUCAACGACAAUGAUGGUGACAUAGAAAUUCAGAACAACAAAUCUGUCAAUGACAAUGAUGGUGACCUUAAAAUUCACAACAAAUUUAUCAACGGCAAUGAUGAUGACAUAGAAAUACAAGACAACACGUUUGUUGACAGAAAUGAUGGUGACAUGGAAAUUCAGAACAACAAAUCAGUCAAUGACUAUAAAGUUGACAUGGAAAUUUACAUCAACAAAUCUGCCGAUAGUAAUGAUAGUGACAUAGAAAUUCACGACAAAUAUGUCACCAGCAAUGACAGUGAAAUCAAGCAGAAUGAGGAGAGCUGUUCAGAUGAUUCAAAUGAUGGCAAUGAUGAUGACAUAGAAAUACAAGACAACACGUUUGUUGACGGUAAUGAUGGUGACAUGGAAAUUCAGAACAACAAAUAUGUUGACAGUGAUAAUGGUGAGUCUGACUUCAGCUAUGAUGAUGAUAAAGAUGAAGAUUAUGUCUUGCCUUCAGACAUUGAUUCAGACGAAGAGUUUUGUCCAGCACCAGACAUGUCAAAGUAUCUGAAGAAACUUGUUGAAACCAAGAUUUUGUUUGAAAAUGUUAAUGAAUCAGCAGAUUGCCUUGGUUGCUGCUCUGUUCCAGACAUCCAGAAGAAAACUGCUACGGCCAAGAAUAUGUACAAGAGAGUUACUGAAUCAGCAGAUUCACUUGAUAGUAAUUGUUAUGUUCAAGGCAUUGGAAAUGAUGCUACUGUUCCCCUGGAAAAUGUAAGCGAUUUAAAACUGAAAAGGUUAGAUGAGGACAAAAUUAUCAGAGAUGUGAAUUUAAGAAAAAUUUACAUGCGAAAGCACAUGAAAUUGUCCGGAAAGCAAAGUCAACAGAUGCGGAAAAAAACUACUGAAAGAAUAUAUAACAAUUACCACUGUUGUUUUUAUUGCUCUAGAUUUGUACAAUACAUAAGCACACACAUGAAAACUCACAGAAACAUAGAUGCUGUGCGAAACAUAAUGAAAAUGACGAACCCAGAUUUCAGUACAAUAAGAAAGCUAGGAGAUGAUAAAAAUAAUCAAAAAGUAGUGGAGAUGAAAGAGGGUGAGUUUCUCAUUGCCCGUCGACCAAAGAACAACUACUUGGAUGUUCAACAAUAUGGGCCUUGUCCCCAUUGUAGGAAAUGGCUUCAACUUAAUGGUUUAAAGAAGCACAUUCACCAGUGUUUGAAAGGAAGCUCUGAGGAUGAAAUAAAAGAGAGUGUAGGCAACUGUGUCUUGAAAUCCCAAGUCAUGGCUGGAUUUAUAUCUUCAAAAACCAGCAAGGUCAUGAGAGAAGAAGUCUUGCCAGCAAUGAAGAGAGAUACUGUUCGACAUGUUGUUAUAAAUGACAAACUCAUACUAAUGCUUGGAGAAAGUUGGUUGAGACGAAAUGUUGACAAUGUUGAAAAGAGAAAAUACUAUGCCAGUCAGCAUAUGCGACUUGUAGCAAAAAUGUUGCUUGAGUUGAGAAAAAUGAAGGAGUAUGAGGAAGGAAAUGUAACUGAACAAAAUAAUGAUGACACAGAAACUGCACUCUGGGAGUUUCUGAAACCAGGUUGUUUUGACAAGAUUGUAGAUGCUUCCCUUCAAGUUUCAUUGCCAGAUAUGGAUGACAUGAGUGAACUGAAAGCACCCAGUAAUGCUAUAAAAUUGAAGUACGAUCUGAAACGAUUGGUCAAUAUGAAGUAUGCCUUUCUGAUGAAAACAAACCAAGAAGGCAGAGAAGUCUCUGAUUGUAAAUCGUUCCUGGAGCUAAUGAAUUUAGAAUGGAGUGAAAGAGUAACAAAGAUUGCCAGGACUAUCCUGCAGAAGAGAAAGUACAUAGAAAGCAAAGACUUGCCUUCACCUGAUGACAUUGAAAAGUUGACUAAAUAUCUUGUGUCACAAUUAGAGUCUAUGGAACUGAUCCCAGACAAUUACAUGAAAAUUAAUGCUCUGUGUCAAACACGCUUGAUGAUGUAUAACAAAAGGCGUUCAGGAGAACUUGAAGUAAUUAGUCUUCAGAGUUAUGCAGCCAGAAGAAAAGACCUGUCUGACAUUGACGAAUCUGUGGCAGCUGAUCUAACAAAAGUGGAGACAUACUUGCUAAAGUCUCAAGAGUUGAUGACAGUUCGAGGAAAGGGUGGAAGACCUGUACCUGUUAUUGUACCCCAAGAUGUGAAGGGUCCAUUAGACUUCAUUGCAUCGAAGAUGACCAGAAAAGCAGCUGGAAUAAGUGAAAGCAACAAGUACUUGUUUCCAAAUACUGCUCUCAAGUACAUUAGAGCAUAUGACAGCUUGAAGAUUGCAUGCGAUUCGUGCCAGCUGAAAUCGCCCCAGCGAAUAACAAGUGUGGCCAUGAGAAAAUAUACUGCUACCUUGUCACAGCUGAUGAAUCUUGAUAAGUACCAGAUGGACUGGCUGUGUCGUCACCUUGGCCAUACAAAACCUGUCCACAGAGAAGCAUACAGGCAAAUGUCUGGUUUGAUUGAGAGAGUCUAUGUUACCAAACUAAUGAUGGUGCAAGACUUGAAUUUAACCGGGCAGUUCAAGGGGCAGUCAUUAGAGGAUAUUGAUUUGACAGAUAUUGUGUAUGGGGCAGAUGAGCAGCAGGAAGGAAGAAGAGUUGAUGAGACUUUAGACUCUGUUGAUGGUAUACAUGAAGACUCUGACUGUACUCAAGACAAACAGUCAGGAAAAAGAAACUUCAGUGCUAUUUCCUCAGAUGAAGAAGAAGAUAAAGUACAUGCACCAGAAAAAAAGAAAAGGAAAAAGAUGACAGCUCGUCAGAGAUGGACUGAUACUGAAGUUGAAGAGUUAAGGACUUAUUUUAAAACCUACCUUGACAGUGGAAUAACUCCUCGCGCACCUGCUUGUUUAAAAGCAAAAAAAAUGAGUCAGGAAAAGGGUGGUGAGAUUUGGAGAAGGGCAAAUCACCUAAUUAUCAAGAAGAUCAGCAAUAUAAACCAUAAGUAAAACCACUGAGUUUAAUUAAACAUUGUUCAUAUUGCCAUAAGAAUUUGUCCUAAUCUUAAAUACUUAUUGUUGGAUUUUCAUGGAAAUUACAUAUAGGUCAGUCAGCUUAACACAGUGUUUCUUUUUUUAAAUGACUGGUUAAAUAAGAUAGUACACUUCUGUUAGCCUAUUAAUUUAGGAAAAGCAUAGAGUUAUUAUAAUGGGAGAGAGAGUAUUACCAUGGAAUGUGUGCAUGGUACAUUGACAUUGUAAAUCUGAAUUUUGUAACCAUAAUUCAACCUUGUUCCUCAGAUUUUUUUGUUUACCCUUGUUUAUUCAUUGAUCUGAAGCCAUUUUCAUCUAGUGUUCUUUAUUUCUUUAGCCUGUUAAGGACUUGUUAGAAAAAAUAUAGGCUACCUAAAAACAUUUAUUUUUCAUUGCAAAUGUUGUUUUGUUUAUCAACAGUUAUUUUUCUCCAUCUUAUGAAUAAAGUUAUAAAGGAGGCACUCUGUUUUGUUUUGUUUCAUUAUGUGACAUUGUGCAUCAUUAACCCUUCAUAGUAUUUAUAACCAUGUAAAAUUUCUUAAAAAUUUACCUAUUCAAAUAACUUGUAUAACAUGCAGAAAUCGUGAUGAAAUAUCAACAUAAUACAUGUCUGUUGCCAUAACUGAAUUUCACUAAGGCCAUUUACUGACAGAUUAUGGUUACCUGUUGAGAAAUUAGUAAUGACUGCUUAGUUGUCCCAAGAAAGCCAUUAAGAUGGACCUAGUACUGAGAUAUGAACAAAAAUGUGUAGAGAAAUGCAUGUAAUCCAGACAAACAAAAGGAAUUGUUUGUCUCUUGUUAAGUUUUCUACCAACUAGACCAUCAAACUCUUAUUUACAGUUCUUGUUAAACAUGUAUGUUCUAUAAAGAGAUUAAAUACUUUUAUUUAGACUCUUUAAAUACGGACAUAAGUCAACACAUAAAACUGAAAUGUUAGAAAACUUUUUGAAGACACAUAAAACCUAAUUGAAUGAAGUCACAUUAUCCAUAGACUCUUAAACCCAAAAUGUUGGUCCGUCCGUCAGUCCGUCCGUCCGUCAGUCCGUCCGUACGUCCCGAUAUCUUGUGAACGCAACUCCUCUUAAACCGCAUGGCAUAUUUUGCUUAAACUUACAGGGAUGAACAACCUUAAUGUGUAGAUGGUAGUAAAGGAAGGAAUUUUCGCUGCGACCAAAUUUAAGAGAAUUAUGGCCCUUUGUUGAUUUUUUCACUAGAUACUAUGUAGAAAUUUUGUGAACGCAACUCCUCUAAAACCGCAUGGCAGAUUUUGCUUAAACUUACAGGGAUGAACAACCUUAAUGUGUAGAUGGUAGUAAAGGAAGGAAUUUUUGCUGCGACCAAAUUUAACAGAAUUAUGGCCCUUUGUUGAUUUUUUCACUAUAUACUAUGUAGAAAUUUUGUGAACGCAACUCCUCUUAAACCGCAUGGCAGAUUUUGCUUAAACUUACAGGGAUGAACAACCUUCAUGUGUAGAUGGUAGUAAAGGAAGGAAUUUUUGCUGCGACCAAAUUUUACAGAAUUAUGGCCCUUUGUUGAUUUUUUAACUAUAUACUAUGUAGAAAUUUUGUGAACGCAACUCCUCUUAAACCGCAUGGCAGAUUUUGCUUAAACUUACAGGGAUGAACAACCUUAAGGUGAAGAUGGGAGUAAAGGAAGGAAUUUUCGCUGCGACCAAAUUUUAUAGAAUUAUGGCCCUUUGUUGAUUUUUUCACUAUAUACUAUGUAGAAAUUUUGUGAAUGCAACUCCUCUUAAACAGGAUGGCAGAUUUUGCUUAAACUUCCAAGGAUGAACAACCUUUAUGUGUAGAUGGUAGUAAAGGUAGGAAUUUUUGCUGCGACCAAAUUUAACAGAAUUAUGGCCCUUUGUUGAUUUUUAGUUUUCAACUUGUGGCACAUGUAGUCCAAAAAAUAUUUGACCUAGAGUCAUAAGAUUGACAGAACAGUGGAGUGUGGGGGCAUCCGUGUCCUAUGGACACAUUUCUAGUUCGACUUAGAAUUUACGUUAAAGUUUUUGUAAUAGUUAAAAUAUUUUCAAAGUCCAUUGACAUAUGGCUUUGAAACUUUGCACACUUGUUCACCAUCAUUACCCCAACCUGUAAACAGGAGGAGGUAACUGUAUCAAGCAUUUUUUUACUAUCAAGCACUUAGAAUAGUCGAGCGUUGCUGUCCUACCGACAGCUCUUGUUGCCUUGUAAAAAAU